AGAGGAUCAGCAAGGUCAUAUCCUCCGUUUUUGGUCACUGGGCUGGUGAGUGGCAGAGGCAGGAUUUGAACAGGAUACAGAAAGACCCUGCUCUUUGUGACUGAGCUCAGCGCUGAGCCAGGGAAAUCACAAGACAGAACUUGCACCCGCCCAUCCCCAGCAGAUGGGAACAGGACUUCUUGGAUACUCAACAAGAUACAGGAGACAAGAGAGUUGGAGAAGGAGGCAGGGAACGAGUUGGAGCGAUGCCAGAGGCAGGCGGACGAGGUGACGGAAAUCAUGCUCAACAACUUCGACAAGGUCCUGGAGCGUGACGGGAAGCUGGCAGAGCUGGAGCAGCGUUCAGACCAACUCCUGGACAUGAGUUCAGCCUUCAGCAAGACAACCAAGACCCUCGCCCAGAAGAAGCGCUGGGAGAAUAUCCGCUGUAGGAUCUACGUGGGGCUGGCGGUGGCAGGUGGCCUACUCAUACUUUUGAUUGUACUGCUGGCCAUCUUUCUCCCUCAGAGCAGUGGGGACAGCAGUGCCCCACAGGCCCAGGACACAGGCAUUGCCUCAGGGCCUGGGGACUGACACAGCAGGCCUGGGGGAGAGGCUGAAGGGCUUCAGUGGUCAGCUCUGGUCUCCAGAGAACCCUGGUGUUUGUCCCCUUCUGAGCCACCCCAGUGACACCAAAGGGCAACCCUGAGACGUGCACCACUGCACCUCCCAUCUUGCCACAGACUGGUCCUCAGUGGCAGCUUGCCGCACCAGCAAUACCAGGCCAGCCCCACUGGAGCUCAGUAAAAGCCACUGUCUGGCUAAAA